AUGGCAGUAUCUCCCACCACUUGUUUUGGUCCAAGGGCAGAAAUGAGCAUCCUGGAAACCAAUCAGUACUUGUGCUCUGAACGGGAAAAAUGCCAGCAGAACUUCCGAGACCUCAAAGAGACAUUCGUGACAUCCAAGGCUACUGCCUACUCCCUGGCCAACCACCUGCAGAAAUACAGUAGUGAAGAGGACAAAGAUCUUACGAGUCUGCUGGAGGAGGAGCUGAGUUUGAGGAGGGGACUGGCUGAGUUGCCGAGAGCAGCUGCAAGGCUGCGAAUACAUGAUCCCUUAAUCCAGGCUCAGGCUGAAGAACUAACCCACUUACGGCAGAAGAUACAGGAAGGGAGAGGUGUCUGCUGCCUUUUCACCCAGCAUGUGAAGAACACAGUCAAGUCUUUUGAGGGCCUCCUCAGGAACACUGGCAUUGCCUACGAGCAGAGACAGAGACUCUGUGAGCAAAUGGUAGAAGGAAGCCAGCCGACAGAGAUCCUUGCCAGAAACCUCGCAACAGAAAAUCACAAAGAUAAGCAAGAAGAAGACAGGCAAAAACUACUGGCUCCCAGAUCAGAACUAGCUAAGAAGCUGUGGCUCCAGGCUGCCUUGGUUUAAUCCCUCAUCUUGCCUGCUCCCCCAGGCUCGUAUUUGACUCAUUCCAGCCGCCAUGACUCCCGCCAGCUUCCCAGCAGCAAUGCCUUCCUGUCUGAUGCACAAGACCCCUCUACUGUGGAUGUAGCCAGUGAGUGCUCCCUUUAUAAGAAAAAUAAAGCUCCAUCAACCUCUCAAUAGCUCCUGCAUUCUACAGGCUCACCACCUGUGUCUAAACUGAGAGAUGUUA